UAUUUGUGAGUGAUUGUAGUAGAUGAUAUUAAGGUUUGUGUUUUUAAUAUUUAAGAAACAGCACUAAGAAAACUUAUAAAUUACCUAACUUGUCCACACAGAUAUGUUGUGUAUAAGGAUCAAAUGUCGGGUAAUGCUUCCUAAGAUAUACGAGAUAGUUUCCUAGAUAUGUGACGACAUUGGCCAUAUUUUAAUGAGAUGGACGACACAAGAUCAGAAAGCAAUUUCUUUGUUCUCUGUUUCGUUUAUAAACUUUUUCUUUGCUGACUGUCUACAAAAUGGACGAAGACGGUAGACAAACAGGCAUUUAUGCCGCUGAAAAGAUAUUGAAAAAACGCAAGCGAGAGAAUAAAGUGGAAUUUCUCAUAAAGUGGAAAGGCUGGUCGGCAAAGCACAACACAUGGGAGCCGAAGGAAAAUGUUCUUGAUCCUCGACUGUUGCUUGCUUUUGAAGAAGCGCAUGAUCGAAAACGAAAACGAGGAUUUGGGAAAAAAUCUCGAAAAUCAGAGGAGCCUGAGGAUGAUGAUACCAUUGAGGCAGAACGAGAAGAAGUAAACUCAUUGACUAGUGGUGAAACAGACAGUGGACUGGAUGAUAAUCAAGUCUUGAAGAGCAAUAUCACUGAAUCCAGUGAGGUUGCCGAAUCCAACAAUAUUGCUGAAUCCAGCAACAUUGCUGAAUCCAGCAAUAUUACUGAAUCCAGCAAUAUUGCUUCAACUAGCAUCUUAAGUGAAACAAUUGAAGAACAACAAGAAACAUCAGAGGUGGUAGAACAACCCACAACUCACCCGCCCAAUAUGACACAAAAUCAUGAAACGCCAUCAGUGGAAAUGGCUAAAUCACUGAGUUUUGAUACCAUGCCAAAUCAUUUGAGUUUGAAGGAGCCAAUUGAAGCAACAUUUACAGAGGAAUUACCCAAAGAUAUAUUUGAUAAUUCCAGUGAGAAUGAUUCAGUGAUUUCUGGGAUUGUUGAGGAGACUUCAAGUAAUGCAGUCUGUUCUGAAGUUGACAUACUGCAGCCAAAUAAACCUGUGGAACCUUUGGAGUCAACUGAUACUCCUGAAAUUUUAGAACCUGCUCCCAACCAAACUAAAGAUGUUGUCUCCUCCGAAACUGUUGAACAUUCUGCUGAAUCUAUAAGCGAGAAACCUAACAACAAUGUGGUUGAGCAGAAACCUGCUGUCACUUUGCCACACACUCUUGUGAAACAUAGAACUCCAAAUGCAUCAGAAAAUAAACAUCCCAGACUGAAUAAAAAUGUGGAUAAAAGAUUGGCCGAAGUUAGUGAUUGUCCUAACUUGACUUUAGUCGAUAAAGUUGUCAUUACGGAUGUCACAACAGCUAAGGGAACAAUAACUAUCAAAGAAUGUUCGACAGAUGAUGGAUUCUUUCUCAAUAAUCCAUCAGCGAACUAAUAUGUUACAUUUUCAACUUCUAGAUUUACAGUAUGAAUAUUUUUAUCAUGAAUGAAGACUUCACUUUAGACAUUCAUAAUUUGAACAUUAAUAAAUAUUACAGUUUUAUAUGUACUGUAAAAAUAUAAAAUAUUUGAGUGUUUCCAUCGGCCAUCGUGCUCUUAUGAGAAGCAAACAAUGUAGUUAAAAGACUUCUGAUUAUUUUCUGCUCUGUUGAAUGAGUUUCUUGCCUACCACUAACAUGUUAACUUUGCAUUGAUGUGAAAUAAAAAUACGCUGUGGAUAUUCAUCA